AUGGGAGCUGACCAGACUGAAGUCCCCUGUGGUGUAGUUGUUCAAGCACGCAUCACAGGUGGUAGCAGUGCAACUCCUGGUCAGUGGCCCUGGCAGGUCAGCAUCAACUAUGAUGGCGUCCAUGUGUGUGGCGGGUCUCUUGUGUCUGAGCAGUGGGUGCUGUCAGCUGCUCACUGCUUCCCCAGGGAACACUAUCACACUGAUUAUGAGAUAAAGCUGGGGGCCCACCAGCUAGACUCCUACAGCCCCGAUACGGUGGUCCGCGGAGUGGCAGAGAUCAUCACCUACCCCACCUACCAACAGGAGGGCUCAGAGGGCGACAUUGCACUGCUCCACCUAAAUCAACCCGUCACAUUCUCCCGCAAUAUCCGGCCCAUCUGCCUCCCUGCAGCCAAUGCUUCCUUCCCUAAUGGCCUCCAUUGUACAGUCACUGGAUGGGGCCAUGUGGCUCCCUCAGUGAGUCUCCAGGUCCCCAGGCCACUGCAGCAACUUGAAGUGCCACUGAUCAGUCGUGAGACAUGUAAUUGCCUAUACAACAUUGAUGCCAAGCCUGAAGAGCCUCACUUUAUCCAGCAGGACAUGCUGUGUGCUGGCUAUGUGAAUGGGGGCAAGGAUGCCUGCCAAGGUGAUUCUGGAGGCCCACUCUCCUGCCCUGUGGAGGGCCUCUGGUACCUAGCCGGCAUUGUGAGCUGGGGUGAUGCCUGUGGAGCCCCCAACAGGCCUGGUGUGUAUACUCUGACUUCUAGCUAUGCCUCCUGGAUCCACUCCAGAGUGCGAGAACUCCAGCCUCAUGUGGUACCCCAAAUCCAAGAGUCCCAGCCGGAUGGCAACCUCUGCAACCAAAGUCUAGCCUUCAAUUCUGCCCCAGCACAGAGUUUGCUAGGUCCUAUUCGCCUGCUGCCGCUGGGCUUGAUCCUGGGCCUCUUCUGCUCUUGGCAUGAGCUCUAA